GCCAUUCAAUGGAGGACGGUCUGCUGGAGAUCAUGACUAAGGACGGCGGCGAUAUGCCGGCGCCUCUGGAGGUGUCCACUGUGCCGGCCGUGGGGGACGUGAUCUCCGGGGAGUACAACGGCGGCAUGAAGGAACUGAUGGAGCACCUGAAGGCCCAGCUGCAGGCCCUGUUUGAGGACGUGAGGGCCAUGCGGGGGGCCCUGGACGAGCAGGCUUCGCACAUCCAGGUGCUCUCGGACGACGUGUGCGCCAACCAGCGAGCCAUCGUCUCCAUGUGCCAGAUUAUGACCACGGCGCCCCGCCAGGGCGGCCUGGGCGUGGCCGGCGGCAAGGGGAGCUUCCCCGGCGCCCCCCAAGAGCCGGACAACCCUCCGCCUGGGGCUGGGGACAGCAGCUUUAGGGAUCACGACCCGGAGGACGACGACGACGAGGACGAGGAGAAGGAAGAGCCCAGCCCCGCCACACCCACUAGUCACUGUGAGCGUCCCGAGAGUCCUUGUGCUGAUCUCCUUGUGGGGGACGGGUCACUUGUGGAGCCCUUCGAUCUGCCCGACAUUACCCUGCUGCAGCUGGAGGGCGAGGACUCCCUGUGAGGGGACUCCGGGGGCGCCUCUCCGGGCUGGCUGAGGGUUUCCCAGUGCAUGACGCGAGGGGACUGAGCGACGCGAUGCAGCAUGCUUCACUCUGAUGGCUGCUCUCGUGGGUCAGGCAGAGAGAGACUCCCGAGCAAGAACUUGGAGGGUGAAGGACUUUGGGAGCACCAAGAAUGCUUUCUUUUCAAACAAGCGAGAGGUAGCCAGCUUCAGAAAGGCGAGGUUCCAGGAAAGGAAGCGCUCAUCUCUGGAUUCUUAUUCAUCCCCUCCCCUCUCCUUAACUCCUUCCCCAGCUAACAGGAGAACCCCUGACUUGUGUAAAUAAAAUUCUGCUUUUUCUACUCUGAAAAAAAAAAAAAAAAGGACUUCUCUAAGACUCUGACCAAUAAUCUCUAAAGAUUUAUAUAGAAAAUAAGGAAUUGGGGUAUAUUGUUCUGGCAACAGGACAUUUACCCUUCUGCUGAAACCCACCCAAGAUACUCAGUGUUCUGCAAAAGCCUUUGCCCCUCACAGAUCUUUGCGGCUGCUGAUUGGUAAAGGAAGCUUGAGAGGGAACUGCAGCCCCAGGAAUCUAGGUGAAUGGGGUUCCAAGGGCCCCUGGGCUGGGAGGAGCUGGCUAUGAAUGUGCAUGAAGACCUGAUAGCUCAACCUCUAGGAUUUUGCAUGCCGAGUGGAUCCUGCCUUGUCACUGACUUCAUCUGGGAUUGCUUUUCCACUCACUGGGGCUUAGAGAACAAAGAGCCCAGCCCACAGGCAGAGAGACUUGGGUGUUCAGCAGCGGCCCAGAUUUAGGGGACGUUUGAGGGACUCUUGGGAACCGCAGUCAAAGGCUCUCUCUUCUGGCUACACCUGCUUAACUUGAGUUCCUUUUCCUGCUGAUAUAUUCCUGCCCGCUGCCUCAUAGUGUUGCCUCCAUGACGUCUUGUGCGUGUAUGUGUGCCCACUUGUGCAAUAAGUAGUGUGUGAGCCCUGAGGGGCAGGGCUUAUGGCUCUGGUGUUAGGUUUAGGGGGCUUCCAACCCUUUUGUGAGUCCCAAGCUAUCAUGGCAAUUUCUCCUUCCCCCCCUACUUCCCCAGGGCAUGGAGCAUGUGGCUGUCCUGAGAUUCCUUAACUGAUAUGCUUCCCUCCUGCCUCCUUAAGUGGUGACUUUGUGUGCCCUUCCCCCUCCUUUGUGUAUCCCUUCUCUAUGCUUUCCUUGGUGUUAACCUUAAUAAAGAGGUGUC